CCGACAGUCCCUGCUCUCCACUCGCGUAAACAACAACAGCCACAGCGAGAGCGCGCGGUGGUCGUUGGCGGUAGCUUACCUGGGCUUUGCCCCUUUGCCCUCGGGUCCAGUAUGACUUCCUUGGCUGUGUUUUGCCGCCGAGGGUUUUUACUGAGGGAGAGCGCCCAGUGUUGUCUCCAUUUGGUGGCCCGGAGGUUGGUGUCUGGCACUCGCCGCCUGGGCUCCCGACACAAGGGCAGCCCCUUGAAACGCUGGACUUUGCUGGUGGAUCCUUUCGGCUCUUUAAAGGUCCGCCUGCCCUGCGAUGUGACGGUUAAACCGCUGGACCCGCAUGGCUAUCCGGCGGCUGACCGCGCUUUCGUCGAGCUAAUUUCCCCCAACCAAGGGGCAAAUGUGGACGAUGUUCUGGUCAAAUAUGACAAGACUUUGAAACAAUUGGUCGUGACUUCAGAAAAUGUUAGUAGUGAUACUCGCAUUGACCUGGUAACUCCGGUAAAGUUUGACCUGGACAUUAGCACCUUUCAUAAAGGAUGUGUUAAAAUAAAAAAAAUGGAGGGUGAUAACUGCUAUGUAGAGACUGAGAAAGGGCACAGUAUCCUGAACUCAUUAAAGGCUCAAAAAGUCCAUGUCCACAGCAGAGGUGGGAAAGUGACCUGCCUGGGAACGAUUUAUGGAAAUGUAGACAUACAGAGCUGUAAUAAAGGAAUUGUGGAAAUUGACAAACUUCAGGGAACAAGCAUGAAUAUUUCCACCACUAAUGGCUCGCUAAAAACAAAGUACAUUUAUGCUGAAUCUUCACAUCUGUCGUCUUCUAAUGGCAACAUUGAACUUGGAAACGUUCAUGGAAAUGUUACGAUUCAAACUGAUGCAGGUGCUGUUACAGUAGAUUCCUCAGAUGGUAGUCUAACAGCUUCCACACAACAGGGUGACCUGGAUAUUUACAUCAGCCAGCUGGGAAUUGUAAAUCUGCUAACUCAUGAAGUUGUCAUGAUCUUGGCAGGUUCUAUCACAUUAAAAGUGCCCAAAGCUCUAAGAGCUGAGUUACAGCUAUCAGGAAUCACAGUAGAGGUCAGUCCUGAGAUUCAGUUGGAGGACAUUGAAAGCAGCACACAACAAGAUCACCAAAUUAUUCAUGCUUUUCUGAAUGGUAGAGGAGAAGGUACUCAUUUAAUCAAGGCUCAUGCAGUGCGUGGCAUGCUGAACGUUAAAAGCCAUAGUUGGAUUGAAUCUCUCAAACUAAAGUCAUUACAAUGAGUCCUUACACCGAGUGGAUUUUUGUUUUCUCUUUAUUGAUGUGUCAAAAGUUUCCAUGUAUAAUCAUUAGAUGCACUUGUAAUACUUCAACUACAAAUAAAAUGAUUUAAAUCAUGUUUAUUAUAUCACCAUAUGUCAUAAACUGUUCAAACAAUUGACAAAGAUUGAUUAUCAAAUGUUUGCCAGUUUUUGAUGAUUUAAUAUUGUAACAUUUAAUUUCUUUGAAUAAACAUAGAAUAAAGUGUUAAGCUGAUAUAUUGUUUCGUGAAUGCAGUCACCUUUUUGUAUAGUCACAAUCCUGGACCUGUACCUUAAUUUUAGUAACUUUCUUAAUAAACACGUAAUCACAAAAAUACUCAACAAUUUUUGCCAUAUUGCUGAUUCAUUGUUAAAAUGUACGUUGCUGCAAGCUUGUUUGAUCUCUUAUGUAAGCUACAUGUAACACAGGUUACCAGCAAAUGCAUGAAGAAUGUAUUUGAAUUACAGUGAAACUUGUACAAAUGGGACAUCCCAAAAAAAAAGAAACCUGCAAAAAAAAAAAGCAUUUAGUGACCGUCCUAAAUAACCGAUACAGUAAUCGAUAAAGCUGAACCUUCACCAUGGAUACUCACAAAUUUUUAUAAACUAUGGACGACCUUCAAUGCACCAAGUCUGUUUGCAACUCAAAGCACAGUUAGAUAAGUGCAAAGUAGCAACAGGCGAAAAAAUGGUUUCUAUUCUGUGGAAUGGAGAUCUCUUUACUUGCAGAUUAGUAACACUUGCAUGGUUUUUUUCUGGGGUAGAGAGGUUUCUCUGCUUUUAUGGAUGCUGGUUAAAGCACACCCCAUUCCACAAAAGUCACGGUUUUUCAACCCACAUAGAUUGACUGGUACUGUCCUGAAAUGAGACGUGGGUGUCUAAAGGCCUGGAAGCUCAUUAGAUUUUCUAUGGAAGUAAUAUACAUGGUGAUCAUUGCAUUAAAAUUCACUCUGCAGUCUACACCCCCUCCCCCAUUCUGGAUGUCACCCAACUACCAUUGCGGAGGCUGAGGAGUCAGGAAUUGAUGGCAGUGACAUUCAGGAGAGGGUAUGAAAUCUGAGUAUCUCUGAAAAUGGUGGUAGGAAGACACACAUAGAAUGGAGGCUUGAGGAGAUGGAGACCAGGGUUUUGGGUAGCAAAGGUGACUGAGAAAAAAGGGGAAGGGGACUAGGAGACUGAGACGGAAGUAGGGAGAAGGUUGGGAGAAUGGGUUAAUGGCACCAUCAUUGUUUGCAGAGUCAGGAUAAGUAGUAACAGCCAUUACUGGGACUUGAACCCAUCUCCCCAGAGUAUUGUCUGGGCCUCUGGAUUACCACUAUGCCACUGUCUCCCCCAUCCAGGUAACAAUGCAUACAAUGACCUGCUAUGAUCCAUGACCCAACCCCUGAGUUUCUGGUAUGAUCCGGCUAGGGACCAAUAACAUUUUGUUUAAAGUAGACAAAGUUUGAGAUGCAGUACACUUGCUAAGAGAGUAAAGGCACAACAUUCCACAGGAUUUGAACAAAAAUAAACUACAAGGUAAAAAAGAUAAAACAAUUUACAAUCGCUAUCUCAUAAUCUAAUGUUCACAGUUAAUAUGAGGCACAUGUGAAUUUAUAGGCAAACACACCACACUGUACGAUAAAUAGCAAAUGCGACCAAGACAAAUCCCACAAAUUUCUCACCCAACCCCCCCCGCCAUCAGUAAACACUGAGUCAACCAAUCUCGCUGAAAUAUUGACUCCCUCACGAGGGGCUCCCAACUUUUCACUUUCGAAGAUUAAGCCUCUGAAUUCCCUCAAAGCUUUUCCAACUCUGACUGCCUCAAUGACUGCACGCCUCCCAGGGUUUCAAUCUUGUUUCUCAAGACACUGUUCUCCUGGAUUUCCAAGUCUGCACUUACAGGUGCAAUUUCAGCUCUUAAAUAGCUGGCACUCCCCAUGGAUUUCACCAAGCUCCAAUCUCCCCAGCUACACCAAGCUAUAAGUGGCUCCCAGGGAUUCUUCUGAGCCCCAAUCUUUUCCAGCAUGAAGCUAGUGACCUCCUUCCAUUUUUCAGCUCCCAGACUUCUGCUGAGCCCUAACUGCACAGAGUUAUAAAACAGCUCCUGGGACUUUUCCGAAGCCCCAGUUACCGACAGCCAGCUAACAGCAGCACAUCUGUUGCCUGGAGCUUGCGAACAGCAGCACUUUUUCAAUAUGGCUUUUUUCCCUGCUCCAGAACACUCAAUUCCACAGAAAGCACAGAUAAGUUGAAACCCUAGAACUUUCUUAAGUCCACCCAUCUCAAUGCUGACUUGGCCUUCCAAGGCUCACUGAAUGUUUUUAAGUUAAUUGUAGCCCUAACUCCCAAAACAAAACAACUCUGGGCUGCAUUCUUCUGCAAACAGUGUCGAAGCCUUGUCUCCAAUUCUCCAGCUAAGUAAGCCCACCUGCUCUUUUAUGAUCUUGCUUUUCUUGCUGUUAACUCCUUAAGUUAACAUGGCCCCAACCUUUUAAGUGUAAUAGUCUUCAAACUUCUUUAGUUGUAUUUAUUUCAUUUUCUACAGUUAAACUUUAAUCUUCCAGGAACUAACACUUACCUCUAAAUUAUCACUGUGAACCUUGAACUGGAGAUUUAUGAUAGACCAUUUUGAAAAUAAGGACACCAGAUGCAGAUCCCUUGGGUGUACCUAAUUUACAGGAUUCACAGUACUAAAUAACAUAGCUACAAAAUACACAUUAACCAAGAUCCAAUUUCAAUCCCACAUCUUUAGAGCAUUGCCUCAAACUUAAACUAAGAGUACUUACUGAAAAGAAAGGUUUCUUUCUUUUAAAAUUUAUGACAGAGACUGAGUAUUUGAUCAGUGAUUGUAAAGGGCUUUGAGACUGAGGUUGUGAAAGAUGCUGAAUAAAAAUGGAAGUAUGCAUGCAAUAAAAUUUCAUAAGCAAACUGUUAUUUUUGAAUACUUUGUCCUUUAUUUGUCAGUUUGUUUUGAAAUGUGUACAUCCAAAAAGUAGUACAAACAAACCUUUUCAAAAUGAUUUAAGCAAUACUUUGAACACAAUAUUGUAGUGAUAUUGUUUUUGGAUGUUUCAUUGGCAGAACUACUUUCAUAGCUCAAGUAGUUAUGUCCAUAAUAGUAUAAAAUCCAAUGUUGCAGAAUUUGAACUUUCUAACUUAUGUGUGCACAUAUAUAUAAUUUUAAAACAAAAUGUCACAAUUUGAAAUCCAAAACGUUCAACCUUAAAUUUUAGAUGGAAUGCUUGUCAUACACAGUUGGUUACUCUGUCCAGAAUUUUUUCAAUAUUUUUCACCAUUCCUGUCCCCAUUUUAACUAUUAUCCAUUGAUCUCACAAAGUAAUGAAUAUUAUAAAAUAGGCAAGUAAUUUUUUUGCAAUGUUCAUUGCAUUAUAACUGAAGGACUAACAUAAUAUUUUGUUACCUUUGCAAGUUACAAAGAAUUACAUACCAGCUUAAUUGUUAAAAACUUGUCUAUUGACACAUUUUUAAACAUAAUGAUACUUUUAUAUCUACACUAGAUAAGAUGAUUUUGGUAUCUUUAAAUAAAUAUAGUCCUAACUUGAACUUUUCAUUGUAAAAUUUAUUUUUGAUGCACAGGUAAUCAAAAGUCAUUGUUAAAGAUACUGUCUAUAAAUGAUUAAAAUUAUAUUUUAAAGCUU